AUGGGCCCCUGUACCGCCUCCUCAUGCUGCUGCCAGGCCCGUAAUCUGCCAUGGGCCCCCGUACCGACUCCUCAUGCUGCUGCCAGGCCCGUAAUCUGUCAUGGGCCCCUGUACGGCCUCCUCAUGCUGCUGCCAGGUCCAGAGUGUGUCAUGGGUCCCUGUACGGCCUCCCAUUGCUGGUGUCUCCAUCGCCACACUCUGCCAUGUGCCACUUUCAGGUCUCCUCACACUGCUGGUGGGUUCCAUUUUGUCAUAGGGUGCUGUAUGGCCUCCCAUUGCUGCUGCCUCCACCGCCACACUGUGGCUCCACACUCUGGUUUUGGCCCCGUGACUGCCCAAAUGAGUGAAGUGUGCGGUGAUUCUAAGAUCGACGGCACUCAUCUGCAUGUCAUACUGACUGACAGUAUUAUUUCUCUUCCCCAGCAGACUCCAAGGGCAUUUAAAUUAAAGGUACAGUGUUCUGCACUAAUAUAA